AUGCGUGAGAGGACCGCUCAGAACUGGAGUACGGGCCACUGGCUGCUGGUACUUUCCCUGGCCUGCCUGUGGACCCACCUUGCCUCGGCUUCCUUGCAGCCGCCAACUCCCACAGUCCUGGUGAAACAGGGCACCUGCGAGGUGAUUGCUGCUCAUCGCUGCUGCAACCGGAACCGCAUCGAGGAGCGCUCCCAGACUGUCCAGUGCUCUUGCUUUUCUGGCCAGGUGGCCGGCACCACACGGGCAAAGCCCUCCUGCGUGGACGCCUCCAUUGUCCUGCAGAAGUGGUGGUGUCAGAUGGAGCCCUGCCUGCCAGGGGAGGAGUGCAAAGUGCUCCCGGAUCUGUCAGGAUGGAGCUGCAGCAGCGGACACAAAGUCAAAACCACCAAGGUUACACGAUAGUUCUUGGGUCACGGCCUGGAAAGG